CGCGGUUGGUUAAUUGUUACUCUACUGUGAAAUCUCACUAUGCUAUUGUCAAGGCCGAUUAGUAGUAAAUUCAAAGGAUUCGCCAGUUUAUUGAGGCAGUUCCGCUCAUCGUUUAAUUCGCAUUCUGAUUUAGAGAAUGGAAAGUUGGUCAACGUUGAAGCCGUCAAUCCAAAAUAUCCGUUGCCUGGAUUUGUAGGGAUUCCGUUAGCGAAGGAUGAGGAACCUUUUGAAAAGAAAUACACACCUGCGGUGCAUACAUUACCUCCAAUGAAAGAGGAGAACUAUGCUGCAGCUCUUUUGAAUGUUUACAAUGAAAAAGAGUUCAGUGAAUCUCAGCCCUCAAUAAUUCCACCGGUAUCGGAUCAACUUGAAUGUACCAUACACACCUGUCCAGUGCUAGUUCAGCAAGCUUUAGCUAAUGUGUUCCCAUCGAGAAAACUUUCAUCAAAACCUUUAACAGCACUAAUUCUUAGUCAUCACACCAAUGAAUCGUUAGAUGCAUGGAGUGAAGAAGCUGCUGAUGAGCGUGAACAGUUAGCACGAUCUUUUAUUACUUCAGCAAUAGAAAUAUGCUCAUCUUUAAAAGAAUUAGGCUAUUGGGCAGAUUUUAUUGAUCCCUUCACUGGGAAACCGUAUAUUGGAUCACAUGGUGAAGCUAUGUUCACAGAAACAGAUGAAACUAUGAAACAUUUUGGAUUUGAUCUAGACAAUUCUGUUUGUUGUAAAAUAUUACGUCAUCCAAAAUGGAAGAAUCAUGUAUUUGUUGGAUUAAUAUUCACAGAUGCACCAGACUAUCAUCCAGAUUAUUUCGGAAUUGAAUAUGAUCAGAAAGUCGAAGUGAUUAAACGUGAAGAAAAUAAACGUAAAGCAUCAUUAUCAACAUUAAAAAAUAUUAUUGAUGAGCAAUAUUUUGGUGUUCAUGAUGAUGAUGAUGUUAAGUUACGUGCUGGAGAGAGUGUUAAAUCUAAGAAGAAUUCAUCUGAAAUAACAGUACUUCAUUCAAAGACAUCUCAUUUAGAUGAUUUAUGUGAGAUCGACUCACAAUAUUUUGGCUCCACAGGAUCUAAUACAAAUCCAAUAGAAAAUGUCAGCUCAGUAGUUAACAAUACUACUAAUCAAUUGAUAAUUUCACAGCCUAAAAUUAGGAUUGGUAAAAAGCAUAUUCCUCAUCCUGCUACUACUAUUACUAAUGCGAAUACACUUAUUGAUAUUACUUUGAAAAGUAAUGCAAAUCUAAGAAAACAGGAAAAAUUGGUCCCUGGGACCAAGACUAUUCGGGGUGAUAAUAAUAUACGCCGAAAUAAUAAUGAUUCAUUGAGACCUAACAAAGAUGAUAAUGAUAAUCGUCACGAUGAUGAUGUUGAAUAUGGAUCAGAUGCAGUUAGAAUUAUCCGACAAAGAACCAAGUUAAAUCUAUACACUGGUACUACCUUAGAUAUACCAUCAAAUCAAUCGACAUCAUCGAUCCCAGAAAAAUUGGAUAGUCAAGGAUAUCGUGUCCCGGAUGAAGAUCCAUAUAAAUUUGACUUCCUAACUGAAGAAGAAGCUGCAACGGUAUUGUAUAAAUCAAUUAUAGAAAUAAGAGAAAAUGUGAUCACUUUGAAUAAACCAUAUGGAAUAGCAUCUCAACCUGGAGCUGAGUGUAAACAUAAUAUUGUUGAUUUAUUACCGCGUAUUGAAUCAAUGAUAAGAAAACGAAGUCAUGGCAACCAUGGAAAAGGUGAAGAAAAAUGCAUUGGUGAACUUUCAACUGUUCAUCGAUUAGACAAAGAUUCCAGUGGAAUUAUAUUAAUAGCUCGAAAUAAAGAUUCUGCAUUAAAACUUCAAGAAGCAUUUGCAAGACGUUGGAUUAAAAAAGAUUAUUUAUGUAUUACUGUUGGUAUACCAAGAUCAGAUUAUGGUUAUAUACAAUUGCCAUUAGUUGAACGAAAUUUCAAUGGAAUUCGUAAAAUGUGUGCUCCUCGACUAAAUCGUCAUCUACAAGAAUUAACUUGUAAACAAACACAAUUAGAUAUAGGUAAUGAAGCGAAUGAAUAUGAUGUAACAGAUGCUUUCUCUGUACUAUAUGAUAAAAUGCAAACAAAUCAUAAUCAACCAACUACUUGGUAUCAUUUAAUGGAUAGACGAAAUGAUGCUGCAUUAAUGCUUUGUUCUACAUUGACUGGUUUGUUUUGAUUUUUGUUGUUUAUUAUGUUGUUGAUUUGCUUAAUUCUAUAACGUAUUGUGUUAUAUGUUUUUAUCUCGUCUUCAUGAUAUUGAUUCAUCUAUAUGAUAUGUUUGGACCAAUAUCUUAUCGUGGGUUCGAAUCCUGCGAGCGGGAUCAUGGAUGCGCACUGUUGAAAAGUCCCAUACAGCCUUCCAGUGCUUCCAGGUUUUUCAUAGGUAUAAAACAUCAAAUUCGAGCUCAUUUAGCAUUUGGUUUACAAACUCCUAUACUUGGUGAUCAUAAAUAUUCUCAUGCUGAAUAUUUAGCACCUCAACGUUUACCAAAAUCUUUAUUAGAAGUAUUAAAUAUUAGACAAUCUAAAGUACGAUAUAUUAGUUUACAUUUACAUGCUUUAAGUUUACAUCUUCAUGUACCACCAUCAUCAUCACCAUCUCCUUCCAGUAAUGAAGGAUUUUUUGAUUUUGUUCGUUCAUUCGAUAAUUCACAUAGUAACAAUAAUAUUACUAAUAAUAAAUUUAUAAAAAAUCCUUUUAAAUUCACUGCUCCAUUACCGAAUCACUUUCGAGGUAAUUUAAAACGUAUUGGAUUAAAAUUACCGCAUUAUUUAAAGUAUUUACAUUGAUAGUUUGUUUUAUAUAAAUAAUGUAUAGUAUUACAUAGUAUUUUGUAUAUGUAUCUAAUAAUUUAUUUACAUCUAUUAUAAAUACACCUAUAUACAAUUAAA